AUGACGAAACCUUACUCAGAAAAUGUGCCAGUCCCCGAAUUCAAUGCCAAAACCGAGGACCUGCCAAAACCAUUGGUUGAAAAAUGCCCAACUAUCACUGAAAAAUUUAGUAGUGCCUACGGUGCUAAACCAGAUUUCAUUGCCAGAUCUCCAGGUAGGGUUAAUUUGAUCGGUGAACAUAUCGACUACUGUGACUUCUCCGUCUUGCCUUUAGCCAUUGAUGUUGAUAUGCUUUGCGCUGUUAAGGUCUUGGAUGACAAGAAUCCAUCUAUUACAUUGACCAAUGCUGAUCCCAAGUUUGCUCAAAGAAAAUUCGAUUUGCCUUUGGACGGUUCAUACGUUACGAUCGACCCUUCUGUCUCAGACUGGUCCAAUUAUUUCAAGUGUGGUCUACAUGUUGCUCACUCAUUUUUGAAGAAACUUGCCCCGGAAAGGUUUGCCAACGCACCCUUAGCUGGUUUAGAGGUUUUUUGUGAAGGUGAUGUUCCAACUGGCAGUGGUUUGUCUUCUUCUGCCGCUUUCAUUUGUGCUGUUUCUUUAGCCGUUGUUAGAGCCAACAUGGGCCCUGAUUAUCACAUGUCUAAACAGGAUUUAAUGCGUAUUACAGUCGUAGCAGAGCAUUAUGUCGGUGUUAACAAUGGGGGUAUGGAUCAAGCUGCCUCUGUCUGCGGUGAAGAAGAUCAUGUUUUAUACGUCGAAUUCAAGCCACAAUUGAAGGCCACUCCGUUCAAAUUCCCACAGUUGAAAGACUAUGAAGUUAGUUUUGUAAUCGCUAACACCCUUGUUGUCUCCAACAAGUUCGAAACUGCUCCAACUAAUUACAACCUAAGAGUGGUAGAAGUUACUACAGCUGCCAACGUCUUAGCCGCUAAAUAUGGCGUUGUCUUGCCUUCUGAAAAAGAAGGAUCAAGUUUGAAUAAAGGUAAUUUGAGAGAUUUUAUGAACGCCUAUUAUGCUAGAUACCACAACGUCUCUGCACCAUGGAAUGGUGAUAUUGAAACCGGCAUCGAACGUUUGACAAAGAUGCUUGAGUUAGUCGAAGAGUCUUUGACCGGUAAGAAGAAUGGUUUUAGCGUCGAUGAUGCCGCCCAAGCUUUAAACUGUUCUCGUGAAGAGUUUACAAAGGAUUACUUGACAACAUUCCCAGUCAGAUUCCAAGUCUUAAAGCUAUACCAAAGAGCCAAACAUGUUUACUCUGAAUCUUUAAGAGUAUUGAGAGCUUUAAAAUUAAUGACUACCGCAAAGUUCGCCACUGAUGAAGAUUUUUUCAAGCAGUUCGGUGCUUUAAUGAACGAGUCUCAAGCUUCCUGUGACAAACUUUACGAAUGUUCCUGCUCAGAGACUGACACAAUUUGUUCCAUCGCUUUAGCGAAUGGGUCUUACGGUUCUCGUUUGACUGGUGCCGGUUGGGGUGGUUGCACCGUUCACUUGGUUCCAGGUGGGCCAAACGGUAAUGUAGAGAAAGUGAAGAAGGCUCUCGUCAACGAAUUUUACAAGGUUAAAUAUCCCAACAUUACUGACGCUGAGUUGGAAGACGCUAUAAUCGUCUCUAAACCAGCCUUGGGUAGUUGUUUGUAUGAAUUAUAA